GACAUUUAGGGACUACAAUUACCAAAAGGACGGUGGCCUAUGACGUAGAAAUUGCGCGCCAGUCAUUUCAGUCUUUGAAGAGAUCUUUAUUAGCUUCAUGGUUGCUACGGAAUACUAAGUAAUAACCAUGGUGAUGAAGUCAGGCGUUGAAGAUGAUGAUGCCGGGUGGGGGCUGGGCAUCCCGGAAAAAAUGAAGAACAAUGCCAACUGGGUGGAUAUUACACAUGAAUUCAAGGGUGCAUGUAAAGAAUUGAACCUUGGAGAGCUGCUUCAUGACAAACUGUUUGGACUGUUUGAGGCCAUGUCCGCCAUCGAGAUGAUGGAUCCCAAGAUGGACGCAGGAAUGAUCGGAAACCAGGUCAACAGGAAAGUGCUCAACUUUGAACAAGCUAUCAAGGAGGGCGCCAUCAAGGUGAAGGAUCUAAGUCUUCCUGAACUUAUCGGUAUUAUAGACACCUGUUUCUGCUGUUUGAUAACAUGGCUGGAGGGCCACUCUCUGGCACAGACCGUGUUCACCUGUCUGUACGUCCACAACCCUGACCUGAUUGAGGAGCCUGCUCUCAAAGCAUUCGCCCUGGGCAUCCUGAAGGUGUGUGACAUCGCCCGAGAGAAAGUCAACAAGGCUGCUGUGUUUGAAGAGGAGGACUUCCAGGCCAUGACUUAUGGAUUCAAAAUGGCCAAUAAUGUCACAGACCUGCGUGUGACAGGUAUGCUGAAGGACGUGGAGGAUGAGUUACAGAGGAAAGUUAAGAGCACCCGCAGUCGACAGGGUGAGCAGAGAAACCCUGAGGUAGAGCUGGAGCAUCAGCAGUGUUUGGCACUUUUUAAUAGAAUCAAGUUUACUCGCCUGUUGCUGACUGCACUGAUCACCUUUACCAAGAAAGAGACCAGCUCGGUAGGAGAGGCCCAGAAACUUGUGGCUCAGGCUGCUGACCUUCUAUCAGCCAUUCAUUCCAGCAUUCAGCACGGCAUCCAGUCACAGAAUGACACCACUAAAGGAGACCAUCCCAUCAUGAUGGGCUUUGAACCCCUUGUAAAUCAGAGACUGCUGCCUCCAACCUUUCCACGAUAUGCAAAAAUCAUUAAGAGGGAGGACAUGGUGGCCUACUUUGGAAAACUGAUAGAACGAAUUAAGACAGUCUGUGAUGUGAUCAACACCACCAACCUGCACGGCAUUUUGGACUUCUUCUGUGAGUUCAGCGAGCAGUCUCCAUGUGUACUCUCUAGAUCUCUGCUUCAGACGACGUUCCUAAUAGAUAAUAAGAAGGUGUUUGGGACCCACCUAAUGCAGGACAUGAUUAAAGAUGCUCUGAGAUACUUCGUCAGCCCACCUGUUCUCUCCUACAAGUGUUGUCUGUUCAACAACCAUCAGGCCAAGGACUACAUAGACUCUUUUGUUACGCACUGCUCCAGGCCAUUCUGCAGUUUGAUCCAGAUCCAUGGACACAACCGAGCUCGGCAGAGAGACAAGUUGGGUCACAUUCUUGAAGAGUUUGCCACGCUGCAGGAUGAGGCAGAGAAGGUGGAUGCAGCUCUUCACAGUUUGCUGAUGAAACUUGAGCCUCAGCGGCAGCACCUGGCCUGCCUUGGCACGUGGAUCCUCUACCACAACCUGAGGAUCAUGAUCCAGUACCUGCUUAGUGGCUUUGAACUAGAGCUGUACAGCAUGCAUGAGUACUAUUACAUCUACUGGUACCUAUCAGAGUUCCUUUACGCCUGGCUGAUGUCGACUCUGAGCCGGGCAGACUCGUCUCAGAUGGCAGAGGAGAGGAUUAUGGAGGAGCAGCUGAAAGGACGAAGCAGUAAAAAGACUAAGAAGAAGAAAAAAGUCCGUCCUCUUAGCAAGGAAAUAACGAUGAGUCAAGCAUACCAGAACAUGUGUGCUGGCAUGUACAAGACAAUGGUAGCCUUGGAUAUGGAUGGGAAGGUGCGUAAGCCUCAGUUUGAGCUGGACAGUGAGCAGGUUCGCUAUGAGCAUCGCUUUGCGCCUUUUAACAGUGUGGUCACUCCUCCACCUGUGCACUACAUCCAGUUCAAGGAAAUGUCUGAUCUAAAGAAGUACAAUCCUCCACCGGGCUCUGCUGACCUCUACCUGGCUGCCAGCAAACACUUCCAGCAGGCCAAGCUCAUCUUAGAAAAUGUGCCCAGCCCAGACCCUGAGGUGAACCGUAUACUGAAGGUGGCUAAGCCCAACAUUGUAGUGACGAAGCUGCUGGCAGGAGGACACAAAAAGGACACAAAGGUGCUCCCAGAGUUUGACUUCUCAGCUCACAAAUACUUCCCCAUUGUCAAGAUCAUCUAAUUCUGCUCUCUGAGUCACCUCGAAGAUCGGCAGUGGCAUACCUUCACCUGAAAAAGUGUGCAAAUGCCCCUAACCCACUCGAAGUCUGGACUCCGAGUUUACUCAAUGCACCAAACUGUAACAUCGAAACAGGAGUGUCCAGUACACCCUGUGGUUUAUCAGUCGAAGACGAGAAACCAUACGAGAUGGUAGCAAAGGACCUGAAUGAGUGACAGUAUUCACCAUCUGUUUGUUAUUGUCUCUGCCUGUGUGAAAGUCAAACAUUUUGCAGUGCUUUUGUACAAUGAACUGGCCUAUGGGAACUUUUAUAUGCUGCCUUCAAAAUAUGAACAUCCUGAGAAGUCUUUAAAAGUACAGAUGUAAUGGAAAUAGGUGCAUAUCAUUCAAUCAAAUGAGAUCUUUCUAUGUAUUUAUGUGCUUAUCUGAAUAAAAAGUUGAGUGGA